AGAGAUGCCGAGAUGGAUUGAUAGACAAAUGCAGAGAGGGGCGGAACUUGGAAAUACAGUACAGCGCUUAUUCCUCACGUAUUUUGCCAUCUCGUGAUGAUGAUGAUGAUGAUGAUGGUGAUCGCAGGUGCUGGACAUGGGUGAAUCAAGGUAAGCGGAGCCUCUUUGUACAACUUCUCGACAUCAGCCUACUGUGAUAGAUCGACGUCACGUUACUGAUCCACUAACGGACCCGUGACACGUUCCGGGUCACCUACUGCUAUCCAGAGCGCGCGGGGGGCGAGACAGAGGGAGAAACACUUCGUGUCGGUUCUCUGCCCACCUUUCAUAAACAACAACUUACCGAUUUCUGACGAGCAAGUCCGCGUCCCCGGGGGUCGGAACCGCGACGGUUUGCACGGAAACGGCCUCCCUAAAAUUAGGACUGAGCUUGUUCACGACCAGCUUUUUCAUGCUGCUCGGUAUGGAGGAUCCCUUGAAAUCCAUGAAGUGUGCCGAGUAAGACAUGUCUAUGACGAAGCGCCGCGCGACCGGCCGAACUCCAGAAAGUGUGUCGGUGCCUCCGCUUCCGCCACCGAGCACCGAUAUUGCCCUCCGGAUGUUUCUCACCAGCAGCAGGCUGGACAUGGCUUCGCAAUGGUACAAAGUUCACGGACGAACUUGACGUCGGCUACGUUCUUGGCAGCGAUAAAGCCCGGCUACCAUUAGCCCCCCCCCCACCCCCCUCGCUGCACAUGCACCGCGUGCAGGCCGGGCUGAGCCGUGCUAAAAGACGCGCUUUCAAACAAAAAGAGAAGCCGCUGCGCUUUGUGGCAUCGCUCUCUGGUUCUUCAGCAAAAACAAACUAAACAACAACAUCACGCAGUAUUUAGGAUAGAAAACGUUGUGCUGGCGCAGCCUUGUUAGGUAGCGCAGCAGCGGCGCCGCAGACUUGUUGUCGGGAGUCCCUCCCCUUCCCGGACACGGCGCUCGCUUCCUAGUAAGGUGAAACAAAUCAAUCCUCGCCUCCGAACGUGUCCCCCUUAACCGCUUAUUUCCUCCCACGAAACCGAGACCGACCCCGCCGAAUCUCCCCAAAACAUCCACGAAUAGGCUUUACUAAACAUAAUCACACGAGGUGCUGCGCAGCUGCGCUUUUUUUUUUUUUUUUUUUUUUUUUUUUUAUUUGAGGGGGGGGGCUGCUGCCGGAACAUGUGUGUGUCCUCAUGUACACCUGUAACCAAAGCCCGUACCAGCGACCUGCGAGAGGGUGUUUGCAUCCCCUUGUCUGUACGUUUCACGCAGACGCGUUGCCACCUAUUGACAUCUGUCAUUUUGGGGGAAAAAUAGUCCAUUCAAAGCAUGUUACUAUUAGGCUACCACAACAUAUGGGAGCAUUGAACCCCCCAGUGGGAGACGAACUAGUGUCAUUGCCAUAAAAUAUGACAUUUAAUUUCAUAUACUAGUGGAGAACUUGUUGUGGUUCGCGAUGCGUGUUCCUAUAAGUUUGGUUUUAGUCCCCCCCCCUACCUGAUAAGUUCCGGAAGGAUCCGUUCUUUUGUCGGAGGUUUCUUUCUUUUUUUUUAAAGCAAAGGGAGAAGGAGAGAGAGGGAGAGAGAGGGGGAAAACAACACAAUUAAAAAGAUUGACAGGUAGGCUCCUCUGUCAGGGGUGACGCUCGUGGAGAGGGGAGGAGUAAAAAUGUAGCAGGAAAAGCCACUCGAUGCGUCUGUCUAUCAGUUGAGACUGUCUGAAACAGCUUCUGGAUCCACCGCGUUUCCAUUUUUUUCUUAUUUCUUUUCGGGAGACCUCGGAUCACUGACUGGAGUUCCCCCCACCACCACCACCACCCUACCACUCUCCUCUUUUUUGCUCUUUUAAGAGACAAAUAUUUUAGUCCAUGUCGAUCUGAUCUGCUGUUGGCGAAGCUUGGAUGCGCCUGCGUCUUGUUUGUUUCCCCUCUCUCUCUCUCUCUCUCUCUCUCUCUCUCAAGUGAUAUCCUUCUCCACCGCAUCAGCCACCCCUCCAAAAAUAAUAAUAAUUCUGUCUAAGAUGCGAUGAGAUGAGCGGUGGAAAUUAUUUCCACGACUCCUGAAACGUCUCUGGCGAGAGAAGAGAAGGAAACACAAGGAUACAUUACUUGUCAGAGCUGUGCGCUGCGCUCACACGGGACGUAUUUGUUUUGUUACCGCCAGAGUUUAUUUAUUUUUUAGUUUUGGUGUGCGUUAAAGGCGCAGCAAAGUAUCGUCCCCCUCCAAACAGCACUGGAGAUUAGCGAGAUUUUUUUUUCCAGGGGGAGUGAACUGAAAACUUGGGUUUGAAGGUGCCUUCUCGCUGCCGAUUUUUUUUUUUUUUUUUUUUUUUUUUUUGUAAACCCGUGCCACGAGAGACAUGACGGAAGAUGAUCUUUGAUGGCCAUGAAGGUGUCAGGAGCUGGCCGAAUCCCUUCGUAAUUUUUCUGCUCAUUCUCGAAGCCGAACAAGCUGUUAAGUCCAAAAGAGAGCAGGCACUUUGAAAAGAAGACAUUUUCCAGCUCCGAGAUCAAAACCCUUAUUCCCCCCCCCACGAAAAAAAAGAGAACGGGAUGAUUUUUCAAAACUGACAGACUCGAUUUGUUUGUAAUCCCUGCAUGAGAAGCACCGUGGAGAGCGACGGUCACUAUGCCGAGGAGAAAGCAGCAAGAGCCGCGGCGAUCAGCAGCGUACAUGCCCGAAGAUGAGCUCAAGGUGGGCGAUCACGAUGAGGAAGAGCACAUGCAGGAUGACGGCCUCUCAUUAGAUGGCCAGGACACUGAGUUUCUGUGCAACGAGGAAGAGGAAGAUGUGGACGGAGGCCAGCCACCUAGUUACAGAGACUCUCCACUCAGCAAUGGCACUAACCCUGACGCUGGAUACGGGUCUCCCCUCAGUGAUGCCAGCGACCGGCUGACGGACUUCAAGAGCACCUCUUCCAGAGACGGUCAGGAGAGGGAAGGCUCAGCUUUGCCCUUACGCCCCAACAACGGCCUUUCUCUCCAGGAUAGCCUGGCACAGAUGAAAGCCGUCUAUGCAAACCUCAUCUCAGAUGCCUCUUGGUCCAGCAUCACGAUGGACAUCAUGAAAUCUAAGCCUGCUGCAGCUGGCAGUGUCAACAGUGCCCAUACCACUCCAGAGCCCGCCUCUACUCCGUCUGUCUCCAUAACUACGACCACAAACAAGAGCAGUGGGGUCAACAUGGCUAGCAGUCACCAUAACGGCAGAAGCUCCAGCACCACUGUCAACCACACAGGCAGCGCAAGUGGCAGCACUAAUGGCACAGCAGGUAGCUUUGUUGGCAGCCAUAGUGCAACCAGCUGUAGUGGGAGCAGCAGUGGUGUGGCUAGUAAUGGUGGUGGUGUAGCCUAUGACUGGCACCAGGCAGCACUUGCCAAAACUUUUCAGCAGAACCCCUACCACCUUUUACCAGAGCCCAGCCUCUUCAGCACAGUGCAGCUCUAUCGGCAGAACAACAAGCUGUAUGGUUCUGUUUUCACUGGUGCAAGCAAGUUCCGCUGCAAAGACUGUAGCGGUGCCUAUGACACACUAGUGGGUUUAACAGUCCACAUGAACGAGACGGGCCACUAUCGAGAUGACAACAAGGACAAAGAGGAGGAUCAGGGAAAGCGCUGGUCCAAACCACGCAAGCGCUCCCUGAUGGAGAUGGAGGGGAAAGAGGAUGCCCAGAAGGUGCUGAAGUGCAUGUACUGUGGCCACUCAUUUGAGUCUCUGCAAGAUCUCAGUGUUCAUAUGAUCAAGACCAAGCAUUACCAGAAAGUGCCUCUCAAAGAACCAGUGCCAGCCUUGGCCACUAAACUAAUGUCCACUUCUGCUAAAAAACGAGCAAUGCAUGAUGCUAUCGUCUCCCCAUACUCCCCAGACUCUGUCCAUGCUGGUAGUGGUGGUGGUAAUGUAUCUCUUGGGGAGGUUGGCAAAGAUACAAAAUCCGCAGCUAACCCCUAUGUUACGCCAAACAACCGCUAUGGCUACCAGAAUGGUGCCAGCUACACAUGGCAGUUUGAAGCUCGUAAAGCCCAGAUCCUCAAAUGCAUGGAGUGUGGGAGCUCUCAUGAUACACUGCAACAGCUGACUGCCCACAUGAUGGUUACUGGUCACUUUUUGAAGGUUACAAAUUCUGCAUCCAAGAAAGGCAAACAGCUGGUUUUUGAUUCAGUGGUGGAAGAAAAGAUUCAGUCUAUCCCACUGCCACCGACCACCACCAGACUCCCUGUUCCCAGUGGUGUUAAGUCCCAGCCAGUGUCACCUGCCCUCUCCUCUGGCUCAGAAGAGAAGAGGGAAGGAGGUGAAGAUGAAAAGGUCGAAGGCGGUGGGCCAGUGGAGAGAAAAAUCAAGGAGGAGAGAGAUGACCCAGGUGAGAAAUCUGAGACUAACGCCACGUCAUAUAAAUACCUUAGAGAAGAAGAUCUGGAGGAGGCACCAAAGGGGGGUUUAGAUAUUCUCAAAUCACUUGAGAACACAGUAUCCAGUGCCAUCAGCAAGGCCCAGACAGGCACACCCAAAUGGGGUGGCUACUCGAGCAUUCAUGCGGCCUACCAGCUGCAGGGUGCCAUGAAGAGUUCUGCUACCAUUCUGCCCCCAAUGGUCCAGAGUGUCCAGAUGCAGCCGAUGUUUAACAGUGGGCUACGAGGCCUGGUGACUGACCCCAGCUCAGUCAUCCACUCGCCUCGAAGCCCUUCCUCCCCUGCCCCCCUCAGGAGCAAUGUCACUGCCAUGGAGGAGCUUGUGGAGAAAGUGACAGGGAAAGCUGCCACUGUAAAGAAAGAAAAGGAGGAGAAGAUGGUGAGCCUGGAACGAUACCGGCCCCCAUCGCUAGUAAAAUCCCCCUCUCCUGCACUAAGAGAGCAGCGAGAACAAUUAGUAUCUCCAAAUGACCUUUCUGUAGGUAAACCAUCUGGUAUAAGAAGUAGCAGCCCGAGAAGUGCAGAUUCAGAGUUCAUCUGCAAGAAGGAGCCCAAAGAGAGCCUCGUAGAUGGCCACCACAACCAUUCAAAGAACGGCUCUGAGGCAUGCCAAUCCCCGGUAACGAAUGGCAACAGUCUUGGCAUCAUCACCGAUCACUCACCGGAAAGUCCUUUCAUCAACCCUCUCAGUGCACUCCAGUCAAUCAUGAACACACACCUGGGUAAGGCCUCCAAACCAGUAAGCCCAGCUGCAGACCCACUAUCUAUGCUUUACAAGAUCAGCAACAGCAUGAUGGACAAGCCAGCUUUCAACCCAACUCCUCAGGGCAAGCCAGCUGAGCCCAUCAACCACUAUCCGUUGUAUGAAAACAGUGACCAGCCCAUAGACCUUAGUAAAAGUAAGGCCACCAUUAACAGCAACAAUAACAAUAACAACAACAGCAGCAGUAUGCUCCUGACCAACAACAAUGUAAAUGGUAACAAACCCCUCAUUUCCCUCCCUGACUCGGUCUCCUCUCCUCUGAGAGAGAAUGCUCUGAUGGACAUUUCUGAUAUGGUGAAGAACCUCACUGGGAGACUGACGCCCAAAUCUUCAACUCCCUCCUCAAUCUCAGAGAAGUCGGAUGCCGACGGCAGUGCAUUUGAGGACGCCCUGGACGACCUCUCUCCAGUGCAAAAGAAGAAAGGGAGGCAAUCCAACUGGAAUCCCCAGCACCUCCUCAUCCUCCAGGCACAGUUCGUCUCCAGCCUGAGGGAGACCUCAGAGGGCCGCUACGCCAUGACUGACCUGGGCCCCCAGGAAAGGGUCCACAUCUGUAAGUUCACCGGCCUCUCCAUGACCACCAUAUCCCACUGGCUGGCUAAUGUCAAGUACCAGCUGAGACGGACUGGGGGCACCAAGUUUCUCAAGAACAUGGACUCGUGCCAGCCCGUGUUCCUCUGUGGUGACUGUGCCUCCCAGUUCAGGACUCCUUCCUCCUACAUCGGCCACCUGGAGUCUCACCUGGGCUUCAGCUUGAAAGACCUGUCCAAACUGUCAACUGAGCACCUUCGGGAGCAGCAGGCUGCCUCAAAGGUGAUCACAGACAAAAUGACAUUCGGCAGCCCCCUGUCAGCCUUGACCACGGCAGAGGACGACAUAAGCUCUGUGUACCAGUGCAGACUUUGCAAUAGGACAUUCGUCAGCAAACACGCAGUCAAACUGCACCUCAGCAAGACCCACGGCAAGUCUCCGGAGGACCACCUGGUGUACGUCAAUGCUUUGGAGAAACUGGAGAAGCUAGACAAGAUGGAGAAGGUUUAAGCGGGGUCUCGAACUGAGAGUAGAGACUGACAGCUGUGGAACUGACUAGAAUUUCAUUGCACUAAAAUGACAUUGUUCACAGUUACUGCACUGGGCCGAACUGAGCCGCCAGAAAAAAAUCGGUCUUAUUAUAUUUUUUUUUUGUUGUGAUAACUGCCUGACUGGACCAUGUCUUUUCAUGUUGAUUUGUUUUUGUUUUGCCAAGCUUUUUUUUACACUUAUUUUGUAAUAUAUUUAUAUGCUAUUUGUCUGAUCUGUGCAUGUAUUUUAGUGAAUCGAGGUUAAACACAAGAUUUUAAUCUUUUCAUGGCAAAAAUACAACUACUGCUUCAAUGGUAAAAGUGGCGAGUGGGAAAAGAAUUGGUGGGAGAGAAAACUGUAAAAUACUUGAUAUGAAGAAGGUGAAAAUUAAAUGUAUACACCAAAAGAAUGAAAGAAUACCCCGAAAGACUGAAGUAGCACCUUAGACAGUUGAAUUCUGAAUUUGUAAAGAGAACAUGUUUUGAAAUAUCUUGCAUUUGUCAAAAUCCGUCAGAUUUUAAAAGAUCAAGGACCAUCAUUUCCCCCCUUCUCCUUUUUUUGGGUUCCUGUCACUGCAAUGUUUCUGAUGAUGAAUGGCCUGCUCAUAAGUCUGUCAGUGUAUUAGAAAAAAAGAUCACGUGAACAUUUGGAAAAACUGAAAUGCUGCUUCUGGUUACGAGUCAAUCAGUGAAAAUGAAUGGCCGUCAGUAUGCAAGUUUGCUCAAAAAACCUUUCCUUGUUGUGAAGUAUCACCUUAUAGCAAUUUUCCAGUUGUAUGGUUUGUUACAACAUUCUCUUUCUAAAUUGUGUGGCUUUAUUCAACUGUAAAGAGAACAGUCCGUUACAUGUAAAUGAUUACCAGUGAAAUGUCAGUACUCCAUAAGACAUAUCUUACCAUUUGAAACAGCUCAACAUUCUUUGUAUCUUAAGGUGUGUGCAUUCUCUAACUUUUAUAUUGUCAUUUUAUAUACAAAAAAAAUGAUAAAAAAUAAAAACAGAUGGUGUAUAUAGAUAUAUGCUGUAGAGCUACAAAAUGUCCUUUUUUUAAAGAAAAUACAAAUUUAGCUUCUUUGGCUUGGUUUACAGAAAUGAUUUUAAUUAUACUUGCAUCCAAUUUGAUGCAUGAAAUGGUGUGGAAAAUAAAUAAGCGAUGCACAAUGACUAUACAUUUCAAUGUUUUAUCGACAAUAUUGUAAAAAAAAAAAAAAAAAAAAACUUUUUAGCAACGAUUAGUUUGUUUCAUUUCUUUCUCAAUUGUAAAAUAAACCCCAAAGCAGUUGUUAACAGUCGUCCAUUUGUGGUUGUGUGUUCAUUUGUCACGGUGGUGCACCAAACUCAACAUGUAUAAAAUUCCACUCUAUAACGUUUGCUUGGCGGCCGAUUAAAGCGAUCGUACCCAUAUUAAAUCCGAACCCAGUGUAACAGGAUUUCUUGUUUUUUUUGUGGGGGGGGGGUUAUAUUGAAGCAUUGCAGCAGGAGAUCCAAAAGGCCCUCGUCUCACUGUUGGUGUUCUACAGCAGGCCAACGUACGUGUACAACAUUUUAAGAGAAAAAGGAAAAGUCACUGGUGUCAUACUUAUAACUGAUGACUGAGCCACAUCAUACUGCUGAUGAUUAUAUAUAUAAUGAAGAUGACGGGGAUGAUAAGUCUGUAAGGGUGGCUAUUGUACUGCGAGGAACUCAUGCUAGGCUUGUGACUGGCCUUCGGAGGGCCCUCUGAAAGAAUCAGUGUUAUAUUAAUGACGGCAGUGUACUUUCGCCUGUCUUGGAACAAAAUCAGAUGGGUGUCUGUGCUGCCUGAUCAAGCCUCCUGACCGGCCUCACUGAAGCAACCAGUAAUUAACACAACUGUUCAUUUGAUACAUGAGCAUGAAGCUGUCCCUUUUCUCAUUUUCUCUAUCACACACGAAUUGUCAAUUGGUGAGCGUGCAUCGCUUGCAUCGUUCAUCAGGGCCACAAUCCAACGCACAUGUGUGCAGUACACGCCACGUUUGAGCAGAUUUAUUCAGAUAACAUUGAAGGAUAAAGUGUAAUUUUUUUGUUAGCGUUUAUCGGCUGAACCGAGUGUGUGAUUGUCAGUCAGUGAAAAAAAUGUAGUUUAGUGCAGAAAACCUUCGCCUCUCUGCUCCAUUUACUUUGAUCUCAUCUAAAAAUGAAUGUUUGCGUAGUUGCUUGCAGAACAUGUCAGAAGAUGUCUGCACCGUAUUUUACACAUCAAUCAGCUUCUACGUCGUCUCAGGUCAAGUCCUCCGCUCUCCUCUGUUGUCUCUGCUUUGUGUGCUGUUGUGUUCUCUUACGCCGUGUUCAAUGUACACCAUGGCCUUAACAUUUAGCUUCAGCGA